CAACCACACACAAUGCUACAAGUCUAAUGAAAAAGCAGCCUAAAUGUCAUAAACCUUUAACUAUCCUUCACUGAAACCUUCAUUUUCAUCUUUUGAGCUAUCCAAAAAUGGGUAGUCUGCAACUGAGUUCUUUAUCUUCUUCAUUAUCUUUAAACUUCAGUUACAUUACCAACACCCGCAAAACUCUCAAACCCUCUAAAUCUCUCCGCUUCUCCGGAGCAAAAAUCAGAGCUGUAAGCACCAUUCCUGAUAGUGAAUCCGAAGCCACAGAAUCCGAGGAACCACCUUCUGUUAAUUUUGCUUUCGUUAGUUCUGUAUUGCUUCCAGAUGGAACUCCAGAUGUACAUCUUCGUACAGCAAGUGGUGGACAAAAACUUAGGGAUAUAAUGUUGGACUCAAAUAUUGAUUUGUAUGGGCCCUAUGCCAGACCUCUGCUAAAUUGUGCUGGUGGAGGAACAUGUGCCACAUGUAUGGUGGAGGUUGUUGAAGGAAAACAUCUAUUAACCCCUCGUACAGACAAAGAGAAGGAAAAGCUUAAAAGGAAACCAAAAAAUUGGAGACUUGCUUGCCAAACCAUAGUUGGUCAACCAGAUUCAAGAGGGCUGGUUGUAAUCCAACAACUUCCAGAGUGGAAAGCACAUGAAUGGAAAUAUGAAAAAGUAGACCCUUCAUCAGAAUUUUUGUAAGCAAUUUUUGUGUAACUUUGUAAAUUUAACAAAAGAAAGAAAAAUAAAAUCUUUUAGAAGAAUUAUAAUUCUAACACUAUCCAAAUAGGUUAAAUCAAGGUGAACUAAAUAGCGAGUUAUGAUAAAAUCAGACCGGGAUCUCUUAUUGCAUUUACUGGACAAAAGUUGUAACUUACAUGAUUCAUCAAAGAUUCCUGUAGUUUUGCACUGA